AUGUACAGUUCACCAUCUCCAGCCAAGGACAUGCGAACUGGUUCUGCCAGGAAUGUCACUGGCACCACCAGGCCAAGCUUCAUCAUACCAAUGUUUAAAAUGAUGCAGGGCAUGAUUUAUGCAAUUGAAGAAGUCAACAGCAAUCUACAUCUCUUACCAAACAUCACCCUGGGCUUCAGCAUUUAUGAUUCCUGUGAUACAAUAAAAAGAGCUCUUGAAGGAACUCUGUGGUUACUUUCUGGCCAUGGAGAGACAAUACCUAACUAUCUUUGCCAAAGAAAGCCUCCGAUAACUGCAAUUAUUGGAGAGUCACGAUCCCAGGUUUCAAUUCCAAUGGCUCGUAUACUAGGAUUAUACAUGUUUCCUCAGGUUAGCUAUGGCUCUGGUGCUUUGACGCUGAAUGACAAAAGGCAGUUUCCAUCUUUUCUACGGAGUGCAGCUAGCAGCUACCUGAAGUACAGUGCUGUGGCUCGGAUGUUGCUUCAUUUUGGGUGGAACUGGGUAGGGCUUCUUGCAGAAGAUGAUGACUAUGGUCAGCAGGUCAGCCAAGUACUGAAGGAUCGGUUUACCAGAAGUGGUAUAUGCCUUGAAUUUUUUGAGAUGCUUCCAGUUGUUGGCAUGGAACAGAGAACUGGUUAUUUGGUUGAAACAAUUCAGCACUCUUCAUCAAAUGUGAUUGUGGUUACGUCAUCUGAUAGCAGACUGCAGCCUCUGAUGCAAGAGCUUUCAAGCAGAGGCAUUGCUGGAAAAGUGUGGGUUGGCAAUGAGGAAUGGCCUGAUUCAUUAUUGUUCUUCAAGCCAGAGUUCCUAAAAAUACUACAAGGCACAAUAUGGUUUUCAGUGCACACUGGGGAGAUGCCAGGAUUCAAAGAUUUCCUUUAUAGAAUCCAUCCCACUAAUGUAACAGGGAACCAUUUCACCAAAAUAUUUUGGGAAAAUGUAUUCAGCUGCAAAUGGCUUAAUUCAGUGAAUGGGAACAUAUCGGAUACUAAAAUCUGUACAGGCAAUGAAAACUUGCAUGAUCUUAACAUACCCUUCUUUGAUGUGUCAAAUCUGGGCUACACAUAUAAUAUAUAUCCAGCAGUCUAUGCAGUAGCACAUGCUUUGCAUGAUCUUUAUUCUUGCCAGCCUGGAUCUGGCCCAUUUCUAAAUAGAACAUGUGUAAAUGUUAAUACUUUUGAACAUUGGCAGCUAUUCCAUUAUCAAAAAAAUGUCCAUUUUGCCAACAUUAUGGGGGAAGAGAUCUUUUUUGAUGAGACUGGUAACCCACCUGAUGCUUAUGACAUUUUCAACUGGCAGGUGACUGUUAAUACUACAGUUAAAUUCUCAAAGGUGGGCAGCUUUGACUCCAGGGCAUAUGAUGGCCAUGACCUUCUGAUUCAUGAUAAAGACAUUAUGUGGCAUGAAAAAUGGAUGCAGAUCCCAACCUCUGUCUGCAGUACCAGCUGCUCUCCUGGCUUUCGAAAGGCCAGUCAGCGGGGAAGACCAGUCUGCUGUUUUGUCUGCAUACCAUGUUCAAAAGGAGAAAUUGCUAACCAAACUGACUCAACAGAAUGCCUGUCUUGCCCAUAUGAUCAGUGGCCCACAGAAUCAAGGGAUAAAUGCAUUGAGAAAUCUGUAGAAUUCCUCUCCUACAAUGAUCCACUAGGAUUAGCGCUCGCCUUCAUCUCCUCCUUCAGUGCUGUGCUACCUGCAGCUAUCCUCAUCAUCUUCAUCAAAUACCAUAACACUCCUGUUGUAAAGGCCAAUAAUCGUGAUAUAAGUUAUAUCUUGCUUGUUGGACUCAUGCUUUGUUUUUUAUGCUCGCUGGUAUUCAUUGGGCAUCCCACUACAGGAACGUGCAUGAUUCGCCAAGCUGCUUUUGGUGUCAUUUUUGUCCUUUGUGUUUCCUGUGUGUUAGCAAAAACUGUGAUGGUGGUUAUUGCAUUCAAUGCUACAAAACCAAAUAGUAACUUAAAAAAGUGGGUUGGGCCAAAAUUACCAAAUUCUAUAGUAUUUGUGUGUACCAUUGUCCAGAUUAUUAUAUGUUCUGUCUGGCUAGCUACCUCCCCACCUUUUCUUGAGUUAAACCUCAAAUUACAAACAGGGGUGAUAAUAGUUCAGUGUAAUGAAGGUUCCCCCACUGCAUUUUGGUGUAUGUUAGGAUAUGUUGGCCUUUUGUCAAGUAUCAGCUUUGCAGUUGCUUUCUUGUCUAGAAACCUCCCUGAUAGUUUCAAUGAAGCUAAAUUUAUUACUUUCAGCAUGAUUGUCUUUGUAAGUGUGUGGUUAUCUUUUAUCCCAGCAUAUCUAAGCACACAAGGCAAGUAUAUGGUAGCUGUUGAAAUUUUUGCUAUAUUUUCAUCUAGCGCUGGUUUGCUGGCAUGUAUAUUCUUUCCAAAAUGCUACAUAAUUUUACUGAGGCCCACUAUGAACACAAAAGAAUAUUUAAUGGGAAAAGGAAUACAGAAUAAUAAAUGUAUAUAA